AUGAAGAGAAUCACAUUGAUGUCUGUUCUGCUCACAGUCGUGCUCAGUUCGUCUCCGCGUCAGUAUCACUUUGUGAAUCAGAACAAGAACUGGACUGAAGCUCAGAGAUACUGCAGAGAGAAAUACACAGAUCUGGUCACUAUCAAUGACAUGAAUGAACAGAAUGACAUAAAUCAGCUCCUACAGAGAGUGAACAGCAGUGCUGACCGUGUCUGGAUUGGGCUGCAGGACACAUGGAUUUGGUCUCUGAAUAACUCUGACUUCUACAGAGGAAAAGAGUCUCAGUUCAGGAAGUGGGAACCAACACAACCAAAUGGAGAUGGAGACUGUAUUUAUAUGAACAAUGAUGGACAAUGGCAUGAUGACCGAUGUAGUAAAACAAAACAUUUCAUCUGCUAUAAUGGCGAGUUCAGCUAG